UCCUGUGACCUGGGCAUCUGCUCCGGAAGUGAUUCGGCAUAGAGGAAGGCACGGGUCUACCGCAGUGAGGGAUUCACAGAAGCCGCCAGGAUGCUGAUUAAAGUGAAGACGUUGACUGGGAAGGAGAUAGAAAUUGAUAUUGAACCCACUGACAAGGUGGAAAGGAUUAAAGAACGAGUGGAAGAAAAGGAGGGAAUUCCUCCACAACAACAGAGGCUCAUUUAUAGUGGAAAGCAAAUGAAUGAUGAGAAGACCGCUUCAGACUAUAAGAUCCAAGGAGGUUCAGUUCUACAUUUGGUCCUUGCACUUAGAGGGGGUUGCUGAGACAUCACUAAUUCCCUUAUGCAGUCCUUUUAUAAGUUUCAGCUGUUGAGGUAUCGCAUCCCGAGGUCCUGUGGUGUAGGACUGUUAUCUCCAAACCUCUGCCAGCUUGUUUGUAUAAUAAUGAGAUUGUGUUGUUACGGUGUGUUAUGUAUGUUUGCCCUAAAAUAAAUGCUCCUCCAAAUA